UCUACACACAUAUGUCAACAAUAGUAAUCAACAGUGUUUCUCGAACUCUUGCAUUUAAAUUUGUCAAUAUUUUUAUCUGAAUAAUAUAAAUAUCUUUAUUUCUCUUGUGUAUGAAUUAGUUAACAAUUAGAGUACAAUUUCCUAAUGCACAGUGGUCAUAUAAACAUCCUAUACUAACAAUCAUAGCAUUUGUUGUCAAAACAAACAAUUGAUAAUCCUAUCAAGCUGGAUAUUUAAUUGGACAUUAACUCUACAUUUGUAGAAAAAAUCAUACUUUACAGUAUGCUCAAUCAAUUGAUAACUUUUAUUGUAUUCUAUAAUUUAUUUAAUAAUAAAAUAGUUACUGGGUAUGGCUCCAAUAAUUAUGGAUUUGCCGAUGGUGGAAUGGGUUCGAAAUUUAACUUGCUGCAAACAGCAGAUGAUGAUCAGCCAUAUGACCAAGAAAUAGAAGAUAUGAAAACUAAAUUAAAAGAACAGAGUUUUAAAGAGGCUUUAGAACAUUGGACUGGAAAAUGGAUGCCUGAAAAAGAUCCUGAACCAACUCCUAUUCCAGUAAUUCAAUCUCAACCAAGUAUGGGGAUGAAUCACCGUGUAUCAAUGGGUGAUGGAGAUCCUGAAUGUGAUGAUGGCAAGACUAAUUUAAUUGUCGACUGGAACUUUUCUCCUGUUAAUUACACGUGUUAUCAUGAAAAAAUAACUCCGAGUUUUGCGAUUGAUCCACAAUUAUAUUGUGAACAUAUACCACCAUACUACAAAGCACAUCAUGUCUGUAUGAGGCAUAGGAUUGAAUAUGAUGAUGAUAUUCCUAUGUAUGGACCUCAUCGUCCGGUGUGGCCAAUGUAUGGAGAAUAUAAAUAUCUUCCACGACAAAGAUGGAUUCACAGUCUCGAACAUGGUGCAGUUGUGAUGUUAUAUCACCCAUGUGUUAAUCCUGAUGAACUGAAACAAUUAAAAGAUUUGGUAAAAAAGUGUCUUAGACGUCAUAUCAUAACUACGUAUGCUCUUCUUGAUGAAAAAAGACCAUUUGCAUUAGUUACAUGGGGUUGUAGAUUAACUAUGUCAUAUGUCAAUCCAAGUUUGAUAAAACGCUUUAUCCGUACUAAAGCUCUUCAUGGACCUGAAUUUAUUGCUGAUGAUGGAAAGUUCACAGAAGGAUUAUUGACAAAAGCUGCAAUUGUAUCCGAUGAAAAUGAUUCAAUUUUAUGUCCAUCACGGUAAAAAUGUUCUCAAGUAUUAACAUACUGAUAUCAAUGAUGAUACAUAUAAAUUGAUUUCUGUUUGCAUUCUCGUCAUUUAUUUUAAGCCAAAGGAAUCAAUGAAGUUUUUUUACCCGAUGUUAUAAAUAUAUACUUAUUAUUGAGAUAACAUUUCUAUUUAUUUUAAAUGAAUAUUCUUAUUUAUGAUUAUGUUACUGUGAUUAAAAUUUUAGAAUAUACAUAAUCAA